GAGAGCAAUACAGAUAAAAUUAGUUUACUCAGACGAUCCUUCUAGACCAUCAUCAACGUUCAUCAUAUUUUGUACUUCUCUCCCUAUCCAAAAAUGGCAGGAAUUAUUCAAGAUUGGGAGCCUGUGGUGCUUCGCAAGAAGGCUCCUACCUCCGCCGCCCGCAAGGAUGAGAAAGCCGUCAACGCCGCUCGCCGUCUCGGAGCCGAAAUCGAAACUGUCAGGAAAGCUGCUGCGGGAACAAACAAGGCUGCCAAAAGCACUGUAACACUCAACACCAGGAAGUUGGAUGAGGACACAGAGAAUCUAGCUCAUGAGAAGGUUCCGAGCGAGUUGAAAAGGGCUAUCAUGCAGGGUCGAAUGCAGAAGAAGCUAACACAAGCUCAAUUGGGUCAGAUGAUCAAUGAAAAGCCUCAAGUAAUUCAAGAGUACGAGUCGGGUAAAGCAAUUCCCAACCAGCAGAUCAUAGCUAAGCUGGAGAGAGCACUCGGAGUCAAAUUGCGUGGCAAGAAAUAAAUUUAUUUGUUUAUCAAUUAAUCAACCAACUACCUAUCUUAUGGUUUGUAUGUAUGAAUAUUAUGCUAAUUGCGUUCA